GGAAUGUAAACAAAGUUUUUCGUCACAUUCCUUCGUUGUAACCGGACGUUUAAGGUUGUUGAUUGUUGCUAAAAUUAUACAAAGAAAAUAAAUCUACACAAAAAUGCCACCACGCAAGCGUAAUUUAAAGGUAGCGAUGAAUUCAAAAGAUGAGGACAAAAUGACCACACAAGAUAAGGAAAAUGAGGAAAACCCUGCAAAGAGACGUAGUACAAGGAGCACACGAAAUACACGUUCCAUGGCUGAAGAGGGAGCCACGGCAUCGCCGGAAAAAGAAGAAAAGAAACAAUUACCAUUUGUUAAGUACAAAGGAGCUAUUAAAUAUUUCACAGAUGGUAAUGAAAUUGCCGAAGCCUCUGAUGGUUUAAUACAAUUUGUUGAAAAACAACCUGGAGAUGGCCUGGUACCCAUCGCAUUUGACAUGGAAUGGCCGUUUUCAUUUAAAACUGGUCCAGGCAAAUCCGCGGUUAUACAAAUCUGCGCCGAAGAAAAGUGUUGUUAUAUAUUUCAACUGACGAAUCUCAAGAAAUUGCCUGCAGCACUUGUUGCCUUGCUCAAACACAAGCGGGUACGUUUGCAUGGUGUUAAUGUUAAAAAUGAUUUUCGUAAGUUGGGUAGGGACUUCCCAGAAAUUAAUUCAGAUGAUUUAAUUGUGAAUGGCUUGGAUCUGGGGGUUUGGUGCAAUGAAGUAUGUGAAACUGGCGGACGCUGGAGUUUAGAUCGUUUAGCGAGUUAUGUGGUUGGAAAGGCUAUAGAUAAAAACAAAAAAGUACGAAUGAGCAAAUGGCAUGUUAUUCCAUUGGAUGAGGAUCAAUUGAUGUACGCUGCCAUAGACGUUUAUAUUGGUCAAUUAAUUUAUCGAGAGCUUGAAAGGCGAGCAAAACUUAAAGAAGAAAACGAAGCGAAAUUUAUUGAGAAAAAUGGCGAAGCUGCAUUUAAAGCUGUCAAGGCAUUGGGUGAAAGUUUCCUUAAUGAAAAAGCUGAAGAGGUUGCAAUUUAAUUCCCAAAGUUAUACCAAAUGCUGACUGAUUUUUAAUGUUAAUUAAGUUAAGCGCAAUAUAUCAUUUAUCGUAUUCAAUUGUUUUUAAUUUUGAUAAAAAAUGUUAAUAUCCAAAAACUAUCAAGUUUUGAGAAGCAUCUAUUAUGGUAUCUAAUUGUUUAUAUUUGAGAAAAAUCUAAAUAAGAAAUCAUCAAGUUUUGACAAAAAUAAAAUAUUUAUUAUUUUUGAAUAUGUAUUUAAAAAUUAGAAAAUAUAUUGUUGAGGAAUUAUAUACCGCAAUUGGGGAAUUUAGUUAAAUUAUGUUAUUAGUGGUCUUCGCCGCAGGGCUAUAGCCUCUAGUUUACGUUUUAAUACCUGAUUAUCCAAAUCGAUUUGCCUUUGUUGUUUUUUACGAUUUACAGCUGAUGUUGUCAGACGAACAUUUGUUUGGACAUUUGUCUGAAAAAUAUUCAACAUGUUAUACAUUCAUUUUAUAAGUAUUUCGUUUUUAGAAAAAUACCUUAGAAGAUUGAGAUUUGUGUUGUGCACUCUUUGCCACGUAAGUGGGUUUUUGAGUAAGAAUUUUACGCAAUAAAAUUUGAUUGUGACGUUCGA